CUGACCUACUAACAUACAUUUGGAAAGUCGGAGAGCUGCGCUGAGCGAAAGGGAGCGCCAGAGAGAAAGGAGGAACUAGAGAAGAGAGAGAGAGGGAAACUGGAGCGGCUCCGUAACAUGACGUGUGGAGUGCGUUGAAAACAAGCUCUAAAUACUCAUGCGUGUACCUGCGCUAAUGGGACAUCUUUUCAAAGUCACGAACGGUGCGUAACAGUAAUCAAAACUGUGCGUGAAGACUCUUCACCGGAUUCAAGUCAAAAGAUUUGAAGAAGAAAAGCCUUUCAUCUGGACUACAGAGAGACCCGCGUGGUGCCAGAGAGACUGACGUGCAGAGGUAGACGGCUGACCUACAUCCUGCUGUUUUCAACAAGAUCGAGAACAACAACAGACAAGAUAAAGAAGACUACUGCACAUAGUCUAGCCCCUGAACCUAACAGUUAGGAGGAUAGAUGACGGUCACUACUGCUGAACUCCAGCUGUUUUUGAUCUUCUUGGCUAACCUGGACACUUAGCUCAUUGGACUUUCUGGCAUUCAUUUGCACCAGCACUGUGACACACAUAUCUCUAACUAAUCCUUCCUUCGUUGAGCCACCAUUCAAUCUGGCUGCUACUUGGCAAGAAUGGAAAGUUUAACGAAUGCUCUGAAAACAUUAAAUAAAAGCCAAGGGAAUAACAUGAGCUGUCUGGAAACCUUCUCGGGUUAUGAUGACUCCCUCUCCCCUUUGCCUGCUGCUCGCAUUGGGCGACUUGUCAAACCUAAACCUAAUGUCACCUGCAGGCGGAAGAGGGAGUUCAUCUCUGAUGAGAAGAAGGACGCCUCCUAUUGGGAGAAGCGACGCAAGAACAAUGAGGCUGCCAAGCGCUCACGGGAAAAGAGGCGUCUCAAUGACAUGGUUCUGGAGAACCGGGUCAUGGCUCUGAAUGAUGAGAAUGUGCGACUGAAGACAGAGCUGCUCCAGCUCAAGCUGCGCUUUGGCUUGAUCAGCACUGCCUCCUACAUGGAAAAGAGCCAGCAGAUUGCAGGGAGCAAUGCUAAUAUGAACGGUAGCACUUCCUCUGCCUCUUCCACAUCCUCCACUCAGUACUACACCAACGGUUACUCCAGCUCUCAGGUCGCAAUCAACUCGGACUCCUCUGAAACUGAGCAAUCUGUGCGCAAUGAGAGCCUUCGGCAGCUGGUCAAAUACUCCCCUCGUGGUUCUCUGUCGGACAUGUCAGACGGCUCCUCCAGAGACAGUCCAGAGCCCAUUUCAUUUGAGAUCAAACAGGAAGGAGACAGACUAGAGAUGGACAUCGCCAAUGGCACUACAACUCAGAUCAUGUUUAACAUUCACCGAGGUCUGUCCUCUGUGCCUACCCACCAUCAAAUCCAGCAGCACUCUCAGGACCUAGAGGCGGCCUAUCAAACUCAUUUUCCCCAACAGCCACCAGCACCUGUCUCUCCAGUACACAUGGUCAGCCAAGCAGCCCCUCACAUCCCUGCCACCCAGCGCAGUGUCAUCCUGUAUGGCUCCAGCAGCAGCUCUUAUGGACUGGAGGUGGCCCGGUCCCAGGAGGGAGAGAUGCAGGCAGUCCUGAAGCAUAGUAACCAGCUAAGUUCAAAUCCUGCACUGAACUCCAAAGACACACUGAAUGAGGUUACUAAACAGAUGGAACAGAAAUCUGCUGGGUCCCCUGCAUCUGAGCUCUCAGACAGCCAUAAUGAGCCUGGAGAUGGACAGGUGGACCGAGUGUGCCAACCUCCCCUGAAGCACCCCCAGCCUGACCCUCAGGAGAGUGAGUUAACCGCUCAGCUCAUACAGGCCCAGGGCAACCUUUCUCAACUAUACCAGCAGCUUCAGCAGCCUCACCACCCAUACCUCAGUGCCCAAGAGGAGGAUGAGCCCCCCGAUCUGUCCUAUGAGGGCAGCCCUGAGGCUGUAGUUUUCUACCACCAAGGCCAGCGCACCUGCACAUCCAGUGAUGGAGACCUCCGCAGCUCUGACAAAGAGGCAUCCACUGAUGAUGAGUCCCCUUUGUCAUUACUUGCUCCGAUCAACACAUUUCUAUUGCGCACCAUCCUGCUUCACCUUACCUUUUACAAGGUGCCUCCGCUUUCACGGGGGAGGGGAAAUGUUAACCAAGAGGAGGAUGAGCCCCCCGAUCUGUCCUAUGAGGGCAGCCCUGAGGCUGUAGUUUUCUACCACCAAGGCCAGCGCACCUGCACAUCCAGUGAUGGAGACCUCCGCAGCUCUGACAAAGAGGCAUCCACUGAUGAUGAGUCCCCUUUGUCAUACUGCUCCGAUCAACACAUUUCUAUUGCGCACCAUCCUGCUUCACCUUACCUUUUACAAGGUGCCUCCCUUUCACGGGAUGGCCCCUGUGAAGUGAAGGGCACUGCAUUACCCCACAAGCUCAGACUGAAGCAUCGUGCCAUGAGUACAGGAAGCAGUGGCAGCUCAGGCCAAGAGUCCCCAACAAGUCCCCCCUCUGCCACACCUCCUCCCCUACCCCAGCACCCCUAUUUAUCACUCUCACCCCAGCCGAACAUUAAGCUGGAGAGCCAGGGUUCUGCCCAGGCCUGUGCUCUUAAUGGGACUCAGAGGGAUUCUGGGAAAAAGGAGGCAGAUGGGCAACGACACAAGAGGCGGGACUAAACAUAAGCCCUUGACCUUGACCAUUUGCCGUCAUGCCUUGUACAUGAGUUAAAUUCUGGCCAUUCAGACAAAUUUGAGUUUCAACUGGCCCUUAAUGUCCUGAAAGACUGCACUUGUAGGGAUGUAUAUUUGUAUAUACUGUACAGAUGUGUCUUUUUUUCAUAUUUCCCAUUCUAACAAAAGCACUUUUGUUUGUGACGAGAAGAGGAAUGGAACUUCCUACUUUUUCUAUUUGUCAUCAAAUAUUAUUGUAUGCCGGUAAGGGCAGAUUACAGUUAAGAAUGUAGGGUAAUAGAAGCUUUGAGCGAUACCAAUUCGAGACAUAUCUAACAAAAAUAUGUACGCCUUAAUGAGAGUCAAAUGCAAAUACAUGACCAAAGAAACACAGCACAAACACUACACAGGUUCCAUCCCUCUUCCCAGACGCUACCUCUGCCAGCCCUUACUCGCCCACCAUCUCCAUAUCAGAGAAGAUCACCGUCAUCUUUAUUUUUAAGCACUUGGGUUUUGUACUUUCUGAAAUGUAUGGAUAUAUGUUAGAAAUAUAUAUUUUACAGAUACAUUUGAAUACAAAUUCAACAAAAAAUAUGUCUGUAUUGGUAAGAUUUUGAAAAGGGUCAUCUAUUAUGGAUUCAAUCACUGUACAGCUAUAGUGUUUACUUUGGGCCCUUUAUAUGAUUGUUAAGCUUUAGUAUUAAUCACUUGUUGUUGCCCUGUUUACACAGAAUCCACUGUCCUUUUGGGACUGGCUCAGCACUGAAUGGAAAACAUGGUGUUUUUGAGGCAAAGACCUCAUUAAAAUGUUUGACUUUUCUUGACCUUUAACCAGCCUUUAACUAUUUGGUGGAAUCACCAGCUGCAGGCUUUAAGCCUCCUCCUUAUUUCAGCUUUAUCACACAUUGAUUUGGUUUCAUUCACUUGCCCAUUGUAUUUAUUUCUUCUGUACAUGCCCAUCACUGUAGAAAAGCCCACAGGGACAUAGACCUGAAUGUGUCAGAGCUUUGGAAAUGACCUGUAUUCACACUACAAUGCACUGAUGCAUGUUUACUGAUCAGAUAAACUAAUAAACUCCAAAUUGCCCAUAGAAACAUCCAUGUUAGCUUAGAAAAGUGAACCAUGUCUCAUUUAUUAGAAGUGGGAAGGUAUGUUAGCUGUGACUGGAUAGCACCAGUAUAGAUGAUUCUUGUAGUUUACCAUGCUUCUCUUUAUAAUAAAAAUACUGCGAGCAUGAAGACAUUAUGCAAUAAAAUGUCCCCAACAAUCUUCUGAUUCUUCUGAAGCUGAAGAGCUGAAUUCAGUCCCACGUGCCUUUAUUGACACAAAGAGUGGGGUGAUCCCCUCAUUCUAGGCUACUUUUGUAAAUGUACACCUGGCAGUAUACAUGAAGUCCUGCACUGGAAUGGAAGGUCUAUGUACCAUGUUUGGCUUUUUGUGUAUAAAUGUAAAGCCCCCUGCCCUGGAACAACACUGUAAUGUUUUUGAUUGAUUUUCUACAUUUUUAAAGUGUUGUUCUUCUUCUACUGUGUCUUUUGACUUGUGCUGUAUUUGCCUCAUUCCCCUCCUCGUUCCAAGUGUGUAUUAAUAAUUUGUUUGUGGUUUUGCCGAUGUUUUAUGGGAACAGCCAGAGGAGUAUGAAACCGGCAAACAUAGUGGUAUUAAGCGGUGGUGGUGGUCCGGGUCAUUGCCAUCACUUCUUUCUUUGACAUGUAUGUAAACACUAAAGUUCAUUGUGGAAAAUGGGAGCAUUUCAAGAUUGAAAAUACAAAUAAAAAGAAUGUUGCGCAUAUUAUGGUAAAAA